AUGGGUUUAAGACUGAGGAUCCUCGCCUUGCUCCUGGCCGUAUCUGUCGUUGCUGCUUGGCCAUACCCGUCUGGCAAUCACCCAGACAACGCGGAUGGUGCGAGGCGAGGCGAACAGUCACCUCUACCGGGAUUUUCCGUCGCUCAUCCGUCCUCGCCACAGAACGAAUUUGACCCGGACCUUCUGAGAUCGUUGUUGGCCAAGAUUGAAUCAGAAGCUUCGAGCCAUCCCCACGUUGCAUUCCAAGGCGACGGACACUACUAUCCUAAUGUGAACCAACCUUCAAGUCUUUAUCAGGCGAGCCAACAUGGUUUUGGAUCUCUCUCUAGAGACAAAGGUCAAGUUGGCAGCAGUCAGGCUCGGGAAAGCUUUUCUGAUACACAAGGUCUCUCAUCAAGUGCAGAGCCAGCAUUCAAAUACCGGAAAACUGUACAACGUGUUGCGGACGCCCUUCGUCAGUUUCAGGCCAACAACAGGCUCGAAGGGGCACAAGCGCUCAGGGACAUUAUACAACGACAUCCUCAAUUAGACACGACAUCAGGAAGCCAGUCACAGGGCUUCAGGAACAAUUUCGGGGCCGCUCCUUCAGUCCCAAGCCGAGAAAGUCAGGGUGGGACCAUUCACCAUGGGCCUGGCGAUACAAAGGUUGUCGACAUUCCUUCAGACCGAAUAGAGGCGCAGACAACUGCGGAGGAGUCUCAUGAAUCACAGCCCCUUGCAGGCCAUGGGGACGGCCGCUAUCGCAGCUUGCCUGCUUCCAGGGCGGACGAACUGAGAAAGAUUCCGACAACGAUGCUUGCGCUGCCGCCACCUUCACGCACUCGGUAUAUAUACGACCAAGUCGACGACCCAGCGAUCCGGGAUAACAUCAACAACCAAGUAUUUGCCGGCAAGCUAGUGUGGAUCGACAGAGCCCGUAUUCCGGCUUCGCGAAUCGUUAGUAGUCGCAAGCAGAUGUUUCGCCCUCACCGUGUCCUGCCAAUGACGAACUUCCCAGAGAUCCAUCUUUCUGAUGGCAAAGGUAGUAUCAAGGAUGUCAGAUUUACUUUUCACGGUGGCGGAUCUUAUCGGCUAAUGUCCUGGCCAGAAGGUUAUAACCUAGUUGAAGGGCAGAACUAUCUCGCAUUUUGGGGUAUUCCAGAGGGAAGACAAACCGGGCGGCCUAUGCUUAUGCAGAAUUACGGUUACGCCUUCCUGCCACCACAACAUCGUCUCGAGGUCAACGAACACUUGUGGGCCUUGAAGAAGGAGAUUGCCGACAAAGCAAGUGAAGCAACUUGGAUGCAUGCCUAG